AUGGCGGGCACAGGCAGCGGUCACGAUCAGUCGACGGACGUCUUCUCGGCCGAAGGACGUGUUUUUCAGGUGGAGUACGCCGGCAAGGCUGUCGACAACAGCAGCACUGCCGUUGCGGCAUGCUGUAAGGACGGCGUUGUUGUUGCAGUAGAAAAGAUUCACUCAAGCCGCAUGCUGGAGAGCGGUUCGAACAACCGCAUCCACGCCGUGGAUCGCCAGGCUGGCAUUUGCAUCUGCGGCCUCCUUCCUGACGGUCGCGCUAUCGUUUCUCGCGCGCGGCUGGAGGCUGAGAAUAGUCGUGACAUUUUUUCCACGCCUAUCCACGGUGCAGUGCUGGCAAACCGUGUGGGGGAGUUCAUGCACGCGUACACCACCCACUUCGCGUACCGCCCGUUUGGGUGCUCAGCCAUCAUCGCGUCGUAUGCUGAUGACGGACCGCAGCUGUUCGUCAGCGAUCCCAGCGGCACGGUGGCUGGUUACUACGGCAUUGCGCUCGGCAAGGCCAAGACGGUGGCGAAGAGUGAGUUGGAGAAGCUCAACUUUGCUAGCCUCACUUGCGAGGAGGCUGUAGGGAAGCUGGCCAACAUCCUGCACGAGGUGCACGACAAGCAGAAGGACAAGCUGUACGAGGUGGAGGCUGCGUGGGUCUGCGACAAGUCGGAUCGAAAGUUUACCCAUGUGCCGGCUGACAUGAUUCCGCCGCCACCGUCAAACUGA